AUGAGCUACGAGCUGUUUGAGAACGAGCGGGAGCUUCGGCGUCUGGCUGUCUUGCCUCCCGAGGACCGAGUUCUCGCCGCUGCGGCUGCUGGUCGCGCUUGGUGCGUGGAGGAGCUCUUCGCGCAGGGCUGCCCGAUCGAGGGCAAGCACAUGAGCGGGGCAACCCCACUCUCAUGCGCGAUGGGAGGCGCAGGAGGACCAGACGGAGAGUGCGCCACCUUGCUGCGCGCAUCCGGAGGGCUGGUUCGUCUAGUAAAGGACACGAUCAGUUCAGGGUCCAUUCUUGACGUUUCCUUGAGACGACCACGUAGAGCAAUGGAUGACAGGGCAGAUGCUCUCGGGAGGAUGGUCUAUACCGGGCAGUUCUAA